AGACGGGGCUACUUUCUGACCAGAGAGGAGGAGAGAGCAUGGGGGUGGGGGACCAUGCCUCGGCCCUAGCACGGAUUGUCGCCGACCUCCGCCUGGUGGGGGACCGGCGUUCUGCCUCAUGUGGUAAGUCCCCCAAGCCUGCCACUUCAGCCAGCUGCCACUUUGCCCCUUUCUGGGGCAAAUUCGGACUGGGAGCAUCCUUCUUGCCGCCCAGCCGUGGGUUUGGGUUCCGAGAGUGGACAGGGUGAAGCUCAGCUGGGAACCCCAGGUCCAGGCUGCUGAGGCUUGGAGAACCGCCCCUGCGGCGGCCGCCGGGGCUCACACGUCGGGGUUGGGCAGCCUCAGUCGUGUGCAAGGCGCUGUUUGCCACCGCGAAUUCCCAUUCUUUGAUUUUCCUAGCUGGGGGGAUUAAAUGGUAAACGUGGAAGAUACCCGGGUAGCACCAUUACUGUAAACAUUUAACAGGCUCAUGCCAGAGGAUCUUGUGGGUUUUUUUCCUAAGUUUAAAUGAUACUUCUGUUUAAACGUCAGAGUGUUACUCUUCCACCGUGGAAGCGAAUCUUAGUUGAAUAUCUUUUUCAGGUGAAUCCUCACAGUGUUCCCUUUAUUAAAGUUUGUGCAGUUCAGUUUACCUGGGGUGUCUCAUUUGCUGUGAGUGCUAAGCGUGGAGGCGAGGGAAUGCAGAGCCAGGUGAUUAGACAUCAGUCCUCCAGAGUGGAUACAGAUGUUCCACCGGUUAUCCAGCUUCUCAAAGCUGGGAAAGCCAAGGAAGUGUCCUACAACGCUCUAGCCUCACACAUAAUUUCGGAGGACGGGGACAAUCCUGAGGUUGGAGAAGCUCGGGAAGUCUUUGAUUUACCUGUGGUUAAGCCAUCUUGGGUGAUUUUGUCCGUUCAGUGUGGAGCUCUUCUGCCAGUAAAUGGUUUUUCUCCAGAGUCAUGUCAAAUUUUUUUUGGAAUCACUGCCUGCCUCUCCCAGGUGUCGUCUGACGACAGGAGUGCCUUGUGGGCUCUGCUCACUUUCUACGGGGGGCAGUGCCAGCUACAGCUCGACAGGAGGUGCACGCACCUGGUCGUCCCAGAACCGAAGGGGGAGAAAUACGAAUGUGCGCUCAAGAGAGCAAGUAUUAAAAUCGUGACUCCUGACUGGGUCCUGGAUUGCGUAUCUGAAAAAACCAAAAAAGAUGAAGCAUUUUAUCAUCCUCGACUCAUUAUUUAUGAAGAGGAGGAGGAAGAGGGGGAAGAGGAGGUGGAAAAUGAGCAGGAUUCCCCAAAUGAGGGUAGUACGGAUGGAAAAUCAAGCCCUGCCAGUUCUCAGGAAGGGUCUCCCUCAGGGGACCAGCAGUUCUCACCCAAAUCCAACACCGAAAAAUCCAAAGGGGAGUUGAUGUUUGACGAUUCUUCAGAUUCAUCGCCUGAAAAACAAGAGAGAAAUUUAAAUUGGACCCCCGCUGAAGUCCCGCAGUUAGCUGUGGCGAAACGCAGACUGCCCACGGGAAAGGAGCCGGGCUUGAUCAACUUGUGCGCCAACGUGCCACCCGUCCCGGGCGGCAUCUUACCUCCUGAGGUCCGGGGCAACCUCAUGGCUUCGGGACAGAGCCUCCAAAGCUCCGAAAGGUCGGAAAUGAUCGCUGCAUGGAGUCCAGCUGUGCGGACAUUGAGAAACAUUACUAAUAAUGCGGACAUGCAGCAGAUUAGCCGACCGUCCAACGUAGCACACAUCUUACAGUCCCUUUCCGCACCUACAAAAAACUUAGAGCAGCCGGUGAAUCACAGCCAGCAGGGCCACCCGAAUGCCAACGCAGUGCUUUUCAGCCAGGUGAAGGUGGCUCCGGAGCCACAUCUGCCGCAGCAGCCGCCACAGCCGCCGCCACCGCCCCCGCCCCCGCCGCACCCGGUGCUGCAUCUUCCCGCGCAGCAGCUCCUGCAGCUCCAGCCGCAGCCGCAGAUCUCCCAGCAGCCUUAUCCCCAGCAGCCGCCGCACCCCUUCCCCCCACAGCCACUGCCCUUCCCCCAGCAGCCGCUGCACCGGCCCCAGCAGCCCCUGCAGCCGCACGCCCUGCAGCAGCAGCUGCACCAGCUCCAGCAGCAGCAGCUCCAGCAGCAGCAGCUGCACCAAAUUCAGAUUGAACUCAGCAAAAUAAACGCUUUAUUAGUUUUUGUGCACACAGAGUCAUAUAUUCAUGGGGUUGUACUGUUCUUGUGUAAUUCUGUGCCAGUUCCGGAAGAAGGCUUCUUACUGGGAUGUGUGUUUGCAAUUGCGGAUUAUCCGGAGCAGAUGUCAGAUAAGCAGCUGUUGGCCACCUGGAAAAGGAUUAUCCAGAUGCACGGUGGUGCUGUGGACCCCACGUUCUCCAGCCGGUGCACACACCUCCUGUGCGAGAGUCAGGUCAGCAGUGCGUACGCGCAGGCGAUCAGGGAAAGGAAGAGGUGUGUCACUGCACACUGGCUGAACAUGGUCCUGAAGAAGAAAAAGCUGGUGCCCCCUCACCGCGCCCUUCACUUCCCGGUGGCGUUCCCCCCAGGAGGAAAGCCCUGCUCUCAGCACAUUAUUUCUGUGACUGGAUUUGUCGACAGUGACAGAGACGACCUGAAGCUAAUGGCUUACCUGGCGGGCGCCAAGUACACGGGCUACCUGUGCCGCAGCAACACGGUGCUCAUCUGCAGAGAACCGACUGGUUUAAAGUAUGAGAAAGCCAAGGAGUGGCGGAUACCCUGCGUGAAUGCCCAGUGGCUCGGCGACAUUCUGCUGGGGAACUUCGAGGCGCUGAGGCAGGUCCACUACGGCCGCUACACAGCCUUCAGUCUGCAGGAGCCGUUUGCCCCAACCCCGCACUUGGUUUUAAGUCUGCUGGAUGCUUGGAGAGUCCCGCUGAAGGUGUCGGCAGAGGUGCUGAUGGGUGUGAGAUUACCUCCCAAACUGAAACAGAAUGAAGUCACCAACAUCCAGCCUUCUUCCAAAAGAGCCAGAAUCGAAGAUAUACCCCCUCCCACUAAGAAGUUAACACCAGAAUUGACCCCUUUUGUGCUUUUCACUGGGUUUGAGCCUAUCCAGGUGCAACAGUAUAUUAAGAAGCUCUACAUUCUCGGGGGCGAGGUCGCCGAGUCCGCGCAGAAGUGCACACACCUCAUCGCCAGCAAAGUGACGCGCACGGUGAAGUUCCUGACGGCCAUCUCAGUGGUGAAGCACAUCGUGACGCCGGAGUGGCUGGAGGAGUGUUUCAAGUGUCAGAAGUUUGUCGAUGAGCAGAACUACCUCCUCCGAGACGCUGAGGCCGAGGUGCUGUUCUCUUUCAGUCUGGAAGAGUCCCUGAAAAGGGCGCACGCCUCCCCACUCUUCAAGGCAAAAUAUUUUUAUAUCACACCUGGAAUCUGCCCAAGUCUCUCAACCAUGAAGGCGAUCGUGGAGUGUGCAGGAGGACGAGUGCUGUCCAAACAGCCGUCUUUCCGGAAACUCGUGGAGCACAAGCAAAAUAAGAGUUUGUCAGAAAUAAUUUUAAUAUCCUGUGAAAAUGACCUCCACUUAUGUCGAGAAUAUUUUGCCAGAGGAAUAGAUGUGCACAACGCGGAGUUUGUUCUAACUGGCGUGCUUACACAGACACUGGACUAUGAGUCAUAUAAAUUUAACUGAUGGCAUCUACACUGCGACUGGAGCCCCGGGAUGACGUCUGGCUGCGCCCGCUGUCGCCAAAGCGGGCCGCACUCCCCUUCAGAUGCCCGUGUUUUCCAGCUGCUUUAGGAGACAGGCAUUUUAAAGCAGGAGAACAAAUAUAAUAAAUAUAUUGCAUCUUA